AUGUUCGGAAUAAUAUAUAUUACUUUAUUUUGUCUUAAAAUGUCUUUGGGUGCAACUUUUUAUAACGCUGUAGGACGUCGUUUCUCUACUCUGUUUCUGGCUACAGCUUUUGGAGCUUAUAUUGCUAAUUAUACUUUCAACACAGCCACCGAUGGUUAUUGGAAUACCGUUAACGCUGGAAAGCAAUGGAAAGAUGUGAAAAACACCAUCACUGUAGAGUCCGAAUAA